AUGUCUUCAGGCGCCAAGCGACUGGUGCAGUCGCUUAGGGGCCGGACCGGGGGCAGGGGCACCGGCGGCGGUCGUUCCGACGCCGGUGCCGGGGAAGAUAGCGGCGUCGGGGGUGGCGGGGCCAGUACCAGCGCGACGAGACUGUGCCAUUACGACAGCGGGCAUGAACUCGACGAGAUCUCGGUGAUCGGGGCUACCGUCAGAGACAACGAGGGGCUGACGACGCCUACCACGCCGUGUCACUGCAGGAGUAUUAAGUACGGUAGUGGACAGACGCUUUGCAGCAUCGCCGGAUUGCCGCCCGCCCCCGCCAUACCCGCGCACAGAGCACAGUCCGGUGUCAUCACAGGCGGGGUGAGGCAUCGUCUGAGCGGCGGUUCCGCGUCCGCCCUGAGCUACGGGGGCGAGAAGUACGGCAGAAGUGGAAGGUCCGGCGAUGGUAGGACCGGCGGCGGUAGGGAGAAAGAGGAUGACACCAAGAGUGCAGAGAACGUAUCCAGAGGGGUUUUACCCUCGAGGCAGAGCCUCUUGGACCUCGUCAGCGGUAAAUUCAUGGGCCGACACACACCCACUCACCACUACUACUAUCAGCAGCAGCAGCAGGUGUAUUCUGUGUCGCAGCGAUACUUCAGCUCGUCACGGGAUUCGCUUCAGGGGGGAUACGUAAAUCGGGGGGCGAGCGAGCUCGAUCUGAGUCGCAAGCCGAGAAGAAGGGACCAUCUAAGGGGCAGAUUCAAGCUGCCAUAUACAGUUGCGCUCACGUCCUCGCGUGACCAAUCGCAUCUCCACACACCGGCAUCAGUCAAUCAUCUCAGCAACAGUAGCUGUAACGGCACUGAAACGAGGUACACAGCGCAACAACAACAACAGCAACGCGGUAGUAGAGGCUAUCCCGGGCAACCUGGAUCGAGGGGUUUUCGCACGGGUGCGCCAAAUUGGUCCUUCAUCUUCGAUCCUGCGGGACGUCUCUGUUACUAUUGGUCGAUGGUGGUUUCUCUUGCCUUUCUUUACAACUUCUGGGUAAUCAUCUAUAGAUUUGCCUUCCAGGAGAUCAACGGAGAAACCCGUUGGGUGUGGUUCUGCCUGGACUACUUCUCGGAUUUUUUAUACGUACUCGACAUAAUAUUUCACAUUCGAACUGGAUACUUGGAAGACGGCGUGCUGCAAACCGACGCUACGAAAUUGAGAAAUCAUUAUACAAACAGCACCACGUUUUACAUAGACAUCCUGUGCCUGCUGCCCCUCGACUUUUUAUACUUAUCUAUAGGAUUUAACAGUAUGCUGCGAAGUUUUAGACUCGUAAAAAUUUACCGGUUCUGGGCGUUCAUGGACAGGACCGAGCGACACACGAACUACCCGAAUCUGUUUCGCUCCACCUCCUUGAUACAUUAUUUACUAGUGAUCUUUCACUGGAACGGGUGCCUCUAUCACAUUAUUUAUAAGAACAACGGCUUCGGCAGUAAGAAUUGGGUGUUCAGCGACUCCGAGACGGCGGACGUUGUCAAACAAUAUCUGCAAAGCUACUACUGGUGCACUCUUGCUCUGACGACCAUCGGUGAUCUACCCAGACCGAGAAGUAAGGGCGAAUAUCUCUUUGUGAUUGGUCAACUGUUCUUCGGUCUGCUGCUAUUCGCAACGGUGUUGGGUCACGUCGCAAACAUCGUCACUUCCGUCAGUGCAGCGCGGAAAGAAUUUCAGGCAAAGUUGGACGGCGUGAAGACUUACAUGCGGAUGAGGAGAGUACCGAAUCAUUUGCAAGUUAAAGUUAUCAAGUGGUUCGACUACUUGUGGUUGACGCAAAAGUGCUCCGACGAAGAGAAAGCAGUGAGUUGUCUUCCAGAUAAGCUAAAGGCAGAAAUCGCGAUAAACGUGCACUUGGACACGCUGAGAAGGGUCGAGAUCUUCCAAAACACGGAGGCUGGCUUCCUGUGCGAGCUGGUGCUGCGAUUACGGCCCGUUCUUUUCUCACCUGGCGACUACAUCUGCCGCAAAGGUGAGGUGGGAAAGGAGAUGUACAUAGUGAAUAGGGGCCGACUGCAGGUGGUAGCCGACAACGGGAAGACGGUGCUCGCCACCCUUAAGGCGGGUUCCUACUUCGGGGAGAUCAGCAUUCUCAAUAUGGGGACCGCAGGUAACCGGCGAACAGCCAGCGUGCGCUCGGUCGGCUACUCGGACCUCUUCGUCCUCAGCAAGAAGGACAUGUGGGACGUACUCAAGGAGUAUCCGGCUGCCAGGGUGCGCCUUGAAGCCAUUGCAGUCAAAAGGCUGGAGAAGUACAAGAGAGCUCCUCUGGAGAAAGUCGCCAUGGGCAGGUGCCAGAGCACGCCCGGUCUAGUGGAGUCGCGGGGCCGCGUGUCGCUGGAGGACAUGUGGAUAUCGCCGAUCGACCUCAAGUCCCACGCGUACUCGACGGCUGCCUCAUUAUUCUCGCCGAGUCCGAGUCCGGUGACGCCUCGCGCCAUGCCGGGCACGGGGGUUCUAGCGGACAACGUGCCCAGAGGCGCGGAAAGCCCGAUAAGCGGGGCCAGCAGUGGUCCCAGCAGCGAGGACCAGACGGCCAGGGCGCCACCGUCAGCCGCGACCCAAGCCUCUACCGGCAGGCAGUCCACUCAUUCCGGCAUGACUUGCAACAGCAUGACGCAGCUGGUGAGCGAAGGUACAACGCCUUUGUUUGGCACCCACGAGGCUCUAUUGGCGGAGAUUCAGCGUCUCCGCGAGCGCCUGAAAUGCCUGGAGACUGAGAACGCAGCGAUGAGCGUCAAACUGAACCAGCAACAGUGGGAGGUCGAACAUCGGUUGGCCGAAAUCGAGAUGCAGAUCUGCGGGGCAAGCUCGACCUCGAGCGUCGAAGACAACAAUGAGAGAAAUCGGGAGAGAUAUGAUAGGUACGGCGAUCAGUCGGAGUUGGACGACGCGAGGGUCCUCAGUGACACUAAGUCGAUCGGUAGCUUAAGCCAGCAUCUUUUCGAGAGCGAUGAAGACGAGCGUUACUAUGGUACCUGCAACGGUUACGUCUCGCAACCCGGCAGCAAAUCGAAUCUGCUGCUGUGUAGCGAGUGCGAUCAGAAAACGCACACCUGCACCUAUCGACCGCAAACACCUGACUCACAUGCCGGCAAAUACGUGGAAGAACGUAUAGAUGACCGGCACCAGGAACCAGGAACCUCUCGUGCCUACAGAAGCCCGGUGAAGCUGUCCUCUCCACGCUCGUACCAUACGGAUCAGGAUCGCGUGACGCAGACGUCGCCGCGAUCGUACCACGAUCUGGAGCAAGCGGUGCCGAUAACGUCACCUCGAUCUUACCGGACACAGGAGCCACAGCGACGUGGAUGGACCGCCAGGGAUACGGACGAUCGAGACCGCGAAAGCCCGAUCUGCGAGCUCUGCCGAGGUAACGGCUACGUCGUCGUGCACUGCGAGCACUGCGACUUCUCCAGCGACGGCGACCUGAUCUGCUUCCGCUGUCAGAGCGACGAGGGCUCAUCCAACGGUCAGGUAUGCCCGCGUUGCGAGCGGGAGGCUGGAGUCACGUCGAGCACUGGCAGAUCCGGCUCCAGCGAUGAGGGUAACGGCAAGUACCCCGUGGACGCUGUGGUGAAGAUCCAAGUGAACGAUCGGACGAUCGACGUUGACUCCGACGAGACUCCCGAGAGCGAGAGCUCGGGCAAUUAUCAUCCCCAGAGGGGUGCGAUGGAUCGACUCGACACCAUCGUCGAGACGAAGGGCGACACUGCCAGCGAGAACGACGAGGAAAACGGCGGCACGAAGCUCAACGGUACCACUAGCGCGAGAUAUCUCAAUUAUAUGAUCGUGCUGUUCCUGUAAAUAGAAGACGACAUUGAAAUAGAUGCGGCCGGAUCCGUGGUCCGCGGCUCUGCUUGGCGCGAAAUCGUACACAG